AUGGCCUCCGAAACGUGGGCUGGGGUCUGCGUGCAUUGCGCAGACCUCCUUGCCAACGUUCCCGUCCACAUCCUUCUCUUAACCGUGGUCGCGACUCUUAUCGGGGCUUUUGUUCUGUCCUACGUUAUCCUCUGUAUCGUCGCCCCCGUACCGCGAAGUCCCUUGCCGGGAGAAAAGAGAUACCGCACCCUAUCGAAGGAGGGAUCGAUUACGGAGCCCCAGCAACUCCCAUGCUGGUAUGACACCUUGACCGCACGCACCCGUCGGAUGCCGGACCACGCCGCCAUGGAAACCCCCGAACUGUUCAUGUCCCUGGUGGUGCCGGCCUACAACGAGGAGGACCGGCUCGGCGGGAUGCUGGAAGAAGCGGUGAACUAUCUCGAGCGCAUGUACGGGACACUCGCCAGUCACGCAGAGGAGGAGGUUCCCGCGUUAAGAGAAAGGAUGACUCGGCGACGCACCGCUGCCAAGGAGCAUCUGAACGGCCAGGCCGCGAAUGGCCCGGCGCGUGCCAAUCGAGGCUGGGAGAUUAUCCUUGUUUCGGAUGGGUCCAAGGAUCGAACGGAGGAGAUCGCGUUUAAUUUCGCUCGGGACCACCAGCUCUCGCUGCAUCCCAAGGGCCAUGCCGGUCCCUGGACUCCCAAGGUCCAGGAGGGCGUUCAUAUACCCCCUGGGACGAUCCGGGUGGUGACAUUGGCGCAGAAUAGGGGGAAGGGCGGGGCCGUCACGCACGGCAUGAGACAUGUCCGCGGGCAGUACGUGGUUUUUGCGGAUGCGGAUGGGGCCAGUAAAUUCGAAGAUUUGGGAAAGCUUGUCACCGCUUGUCAGGAGGUCGAGGAUUCCGAGGGCCGCGGCGUAGCAGUGGGGUCCCGCGCCCAUAUGGUUGGCAGUGAAGCUGUUGUCAAGCGCUCGAAGCUCCGCAACUUCCUGAUGCAUUCCUUCCAUCUGAUCCUCUGGCUCCUGACUCCGUCCAAGACGGCUACGAUCAAGGAUACUCAGUGCGGGUUCAAGCUGUUUUCUCGCAGCGCGCUGCCGUACAUCAUCCCCUACAUGCACUCGGAGGGGUGGAUCUUCGACGUGGAGAUGCUGAUGCUGGCUGAAUUUGCGGGCGUCUCGGUGGCCGAGGUUCCAGUCGGGUGGAGAGAGGUCAAGGGGAGCAAACUCAACGUGCUGCGCGACAGCAUCGGCAUGGCCUGGGGUCUGGCCGUGUUGCGCGCGGCCUGGUCGCUGGGGGUCUAUCGACGGACGUGA